AUGAAUUCGAUUAAAAAAAUCCAAAAAAAGAAAAGAUUAUUAAAGCCAACUAAAAUAAGAAAAUAAUCGGUAAUUUAAGUUGAAUAAGAAUCGAUAAUAUCUGUAAAACUAACUCAUAAAGAAGUAUAAUAUAUAUAAAAAUAUUUUAGUAAAUUCACAUAAAAGGGAAAUUUUAAUUUGUUGUGGUUAAUGGAUAUUUAGAAAUGGAUUUAUAUGAAGUAAGAAAAGCAUAAAUUUAUGAAUUCAACAGCACCGAAUUUGUCACAGUAAUAGCUCAUAAUGUACCAUAAAAAAUAGAAGAUUUUUUAACUAAGCUUUAAUCUUCUCAAUUACAAUCAGAAGUUUAUUUAGAAUUUAUGAAUUUCAUUUUAAAAAAUUAACCUAAAGAAUUAACACUUUUAAUUUAUGGUAACUAUGAAAUUAGUGAUUUUGGUUAUAUAUUGACUGAUUAAAAAUAGGAUCUUUUUGAUUGUUAAGAUAGAAGUGUAAUGUUCAUAGGUGAGAAAUAAGUAGGAAAAUCUACAAGUUUAUAAUUAUAUGCAAAUAAAUGGAUGAAUUCAAAUUAAGUUUUUAUAUUAGACACAGAUCUUGGUUAAGCCAUUAUUUUACCAGGUUUUAUUACUCUCAUGAAAUUAGAAUUACCAUUAUUUCUGGCAAAACCAUAGAUAUUAUUUUAAGGAUUUGUUGGUGAAUUUCAGGUAUUUAAUUAUUUUGAUCUAUAUUUCAAUAAAGUAGCAUAGGCUUUAGAUGUUUACAAUUAAUCUUAACUUUUAAAAGAUUAUCCAUUAUUAAUUAACACUGCCGGCUUUAUAACAAGUUAUGGAAUUACAAUAAUCUAAGAAUUAAUAAAUAUUUUAUAACCUUAGAAAUGUAUUCUGCUCUCAAGAGACAAUCAUAAAAAAAUAAAGGAGAAAUCAAAUUAUUUAUUUGAAUAAUUAACUAAAAAAUCUUUUAUUAGCAAUUUUGAUACAUUUAAAUCAUAAUUUUAGAUCAUUCAUGAAGAAAUUGAUUAUGAAAUUUAUGGUUAAACUAUCCAAGAAUAAACCCCUUAAAUAAGAAAGAAUAAUCGAACUUAAAAAAUCGCUUAAGAUAUUGGUUUACAAAAUUUAAAUUAUUUAACAUUAUGUUCUUAAACAGAUAUUAAAAUUGUAGAUACAAAUUAAUGUUAAUUUAUAGUGAUAAAUGAAAAAAAAAAUUACUAUGAUUUAGAAGAGAUAGCUUCUGUUUUUAUAUUUAGUUUGGUAGCAAUAGAGCAAGAUGGGACAUUUUUAGGAUUAGGAUUUAUUAAAGAUAUUGAUAUUAUCAAUAAUAAAGUCCAUGUUAUAUCUUAAAUUGAAUUUAAUAAAGUUUAAUACUAUUUUAUCAAAUCAAAAUUUUAUAACAUAUCAUAAGAUUAGUUGGGAGAGAUAAGUGUUGAGGAUGUAUAUUAGCUAUUGGAUAAAGAUUGUAUUCAAAAUGGAGAACCUUUGGAAUAUCUUAUAGAUUUACCUUAUAUCACUCAUAAAAGUGAAGCGAUAGGUGAUUUCAAACAUAAGAUAACUGUAAAUAAAAAAACAUUUUGA